UUUUUUUUUUUUUUUUUUUUUUUGUUUAUUUCUAAUUUACUUGAUGCCGUUAACCAAACCACCACCUCCACCACCAAAACCUGUUUUUGAAGAAUUCUCAACGCCUGAAGAUUUCAAUGAUCAAUUUAAAAAGAAACAAACAACAAAAUAUAUGAAUCCUUGUGCUGUGGAAGAAAAACAAAGUAUGAAGUGUUUGGAUGUCAACAAUUACGAUAAAUCGAAAUGUGAAUAUUUCUUUUUACAAUAUCGUGAAUGCAAGAAAAACUGGCAACAACGACGUCGGCAAUUACGAAGGGAAGGGCAAUUAUGAUCAACAAACCAACCCUACUCGAUACCAAGGAUGAAUUAAAAAAAAAAACUUGAUAUUCUUUUUUUUUUUUGGGGAGGACAAAAAAAAGAGGGUUCUUUGCAAGUGGAUAGAGAAUCAUUGUAUUUUACUUGUUAUUAUUAUUAGUAUGAUCUUUUUUUAUUUAUUUUGUUUUUACUUCGCAUUGUCCUUCAAAAUAAAGAAUCUCAUUACAUCACUUC